AAUUGUCGUUUGAAGUGAAGUAAACAGUAUGGAUAUUUGCCAAUUGAGAAUUUCUUAAAAUAUGGUUAUAUUAUUAUAAUCAAACCGUGGAUUAACAGUGUUUAAUAAAACGGCCCAAUAAUGUGGCCAAUGCUUCUAAACAUGACGCACGACGAAUGUCGUCGAACGCUUCGCAGACUUGAAUUGGAAGCCUACUCGAAUAUGAUCAGUGUGUUUAGAGCACAAGGGGCUUUGGAAGACAACAGAAAAAAGUUGCUUGAGGAACUGCGCGCCGUUUUGCAUAUUAGCAGCGAUCGUCACAGCGCGGAGGCGCGACGCGUCUCUAAUGACGAACUGUUGGCUACUAUUGCACACCAAUUAACAGGUCCUAACACAGGAUUAGGAUGGAUCAGCGAAGGCAGGAGAAGAGUGCCGCUGAUGCCUCGCGGCAUUCCACAGACAGCCUACACAGAGAUUGCGGAUAAAGCAGCCGAAGCCAUCAAGGAGGAAAACAAAGAAAUCUUGAAGAAAUAAGCUGAGAAGUUGGUGGCUCCUAAGUCUAGCGAGGAGGAGUUGCCGGAUCCCGAGGGAGAAACAGCAGAGAGCGCCCUGCAAACCAAUGACAUGAUGGACGAAAUGCUAUAUCCGCCUAUUGCUAUGGAAGAUCAAACAUCUAAACUUUGGGAGACUGAACUUGUCAACAGAAAAAGAAAAAUACCGGAAAGUGGUUCAAUACCCGAUGAUUCUACGAUACCAGUGAAAAACAUGAGGAACAUCCCGGCCAACACCAAUCAGAAGCAUCUCAACCUUUCACAGAUUUACUCCAAAUAUUCACAGCCUGCGACAAGUAAAUCAUCAGGGCAAUCAAAACACUCAUACAACCAAGUGAGCAAAGUGUCCACAAGCAAAUCAAGUCACCCGCACCAACCGCGGGCCCACAAACACCGCUCGCACAAGCAGAAGGCUCCCGGCCAGCGCCAGGCCAAGAAGGCGCAAGACAUCCCCAGCUCCCCCGGCAAGCGGUACCCGCCCGACUACGCCGGCCCACCGGGCACUUUCCAGGCCACAUAUGCCCAGUCAGUGCUCGGCGGCAAGCCCGACUACAUGGAUGAGCUCAAGCCUAAAGUACUCUCCUCGCCGGGCAUGCUCACGGACUCCCCGACCAUGGCGCUGCUGACCCAGCCGGCCACCGUCCCGCACGAGCUCGGCGUCUCCGACAGCCCCGACCCCGCCUCCCUGCAAGCCCAGACCCCGGUCUCCAAGCACGGGGCGCUCAAACCUCACCAACUACUAAUAAAGGGCCGCCGCCCGGAACCCCCUACCGAUAAGAAACCAUCCGAAAUGAAAAUUCUACAGAAACCUGAGAAUAUCAAAGUGCUUUCAAACCGUCAAGUGGUCGUCGCACCCGGUUCUGCUCAAAAGACGAUCAAUCCGGCCGGAAAGAUCGUCACCACCAAGCUGAUCGGGCCCGUUACCAAACAGGCGACCCCGGCUCCCAUGUCGGACAAGAUGAUCAUAGUAUCCAAACCUCCGGAGCAUAAAAAUAUGAACUCUAAAAUAAUCAUAACUUCGUCCGCUAUGCGCACGCCGAGCAAGGAAUCGGCGCCGGUCGCGCCGCGUACGGAAACGUUUACGCCCAAAGGCAUCCCCGCCACCGACUUAAAAGUCUCCGCCAAAACCUUCGUUCUCAAUCAAAAGCCCGGUCAAAAGAUGGUCGUGUUGCCCGCCAAGUCGCGGACGAAAACGGGGUCGGAGGUCCAGCUGCCGCUCUUGCAUUUCAAAGGGAUCCCGACCGGUAUGAAGUUGGUCCCGGUCAGUUCCCAGUCGCUAACUCAAGCUACCAAAUCUCCCGCCGUCACUGUUGUAUCCAAACCGGCGAGUGCGGUCAGUACUCCGGCACCCGUCACUAAGGUGGUAGGCGCGGAGACCAUCAAAACCGCCAACUUGGCCGACAUCGUCCCAGUGAAAGGGCUCACCCCAGUGUCCACCACCAAAAUCUCUAACCCUAUCGUGAGACCAGCGAGCGCAAAAGGUAGCGUCAUCGUCGUGCAAAAAGGCGCGACGAUAGGUAAAGCUUUAUCGUUUGCUAAAAACGGGAACGACAUGUCAAAAAUAAUCAUGGGAAAGAACGUGAACCAGCUGUUACAAGCCUCCAAGCCCGAGCAGACUGAGGCGAGCAAGUGCCCGGGGAACGUGAUUGUCCUCGAGUUGAACAAUGACCAGUCAGGUCGGACGACAACCAUGUCGGAGAUCUUGGACAGCCGAGGCGGCGCGGCGCGCCUAUCCGAUGAAAACAAAAAAUCUCAGGCGAUAACACAGGACACGCCAGUUUUGUUCGACUCUCAAAUGUCAGAAGAAACAUGCAACGCGAGCAUAGACUCCGCGUCAGAGAGUAUAGGCGAUAUAGGGCCUAUGGAAGAGUCAGGUUUAAGCAUUAUAAAAGAUGAAGAUGCUAAAUCGAACUUUAACAAAGACUCGGAGGGCGCGAAGGAUUCUUCGAGCGUGACUGACUGGGAGAUGGAACUGGACACGGUGUCGAGGAAGGGGAAGGAUGAGGAGGACAAGCUGAACUCUCUGCACCUCGACCUGGGAAUGUCCAGUGACAGUGAUAGCGAGUACAUGGUCGACAACCGCAAGGCUAAGGCGAAGCACUCGCAAGAGACGAUACAACGGGCGACCCCUAGUGGGGAAAGGAGCGAAAUGUACAGUUCUAGCGCGAUGUCAAAAGCGACGCGGACGUUACUCAGCCAGCUCCAGGACGAGGGGUCCUCCAGCAACGACUCGUCGUUCGCGCUCAAAUCAAAGAGUGCGGUGAAAAACCCAGCGGAGGCGGACGCGCUGACUGUCGCCAAAGAAAAGUUGUCGGAAAAAGUCGCCGAAGCGCGGUCGCGCCACAAGCGCAUAGACGUGUUCAGCACGGCCAUCAGCACCAACGAUAUGAGCCUCGACGAGUUCUCGUAUCUAGAGGAGAGCAUCAUGGCCGACGACGAGCCCAGCCCGACAGAAAAACAGUGAAAUAGACACUUUUAGGACAUAUAAUGUGAUGUGUGAUAGGCGAGGGGUAAACUUUGUAUGACUUUUUUUUUGUAAUUUAUUCUGUGAAAUCAUUGACAGUUUUGGCCGGUCUAUUUUGUGACAAUGUAUUACUCGUCUGUUCCCUUGCAAAUAAGAGGCUAAAUCGGAAUGGUUCGAGUUAAAAUCUCAUUUCGAUAAUGUUGUAGCCUUAGGAAUGAGUUGCGCACUUGUUCCUAUGACAUUUUUGAUUGUUUGAUAGCCCUUGCAUUUAACGGUAUUUUUCAGAAAUAUAUCAACCCCCAAUAUAUGAGAUAUACUUGUGUUGGUAUAUUUUUGGAGUAAACUAUAUACAUAAUUAUCUGUUAAUGUUUAUAGAUAAAUAUAUGUUACUAAGUAUGUAUACAAUAGAAUUGCAAUGCAUGAUAUGACUGAUUUUCACCAAUAACCCUGAAUCACUGAAUUCUGCUUAAUUUUUAAUCCAACAGUUGCGUCUACAGUUGCAACCUUUACUAAUAAUGUGAAUUGAAAUAUAACCCAAACCUUACUAGCCACGCCAUGACAGACUGUGUCAUACUCAUGGUAGGUUACAGCAUAGGAAACUUUCGAGUCAAAAGUCGUAAUCGAGUCUUCGUAAGCGCUUGACAGUGCGAUCUGAAAUCAACCUAUUAUUAUCCACGGUAGUUGUAAAUACAGUAGGUAAAAUGUUUAUUCAAAUUGCCCAAGUAUACACCUAUUUACAUAAAUUCAUUGCUAUUCAAAAUAAUUUACAUGAAAUCUUUUCACUUAUAAAUUAACUUUGUAAAUGAAGAUCGAUUGUGAUCAGUAUUUUUAAAUAUACUAGAAAAUGCACGCCAACGGUGUUCGUAACUAUGAAAUUAGUAUAAUCUCUAAAUUGUAGUCAUUUGGAUAAUGCAUAUUGCUACUUAGGCCAAAAAUUGUGUCUAGAUGUAAUACUCGUGAAAAAAAUAAGGUGGUAGUCAGUACCUGUGAUAUCUAAGCGAAGUUUCGGACAUCUACUAACACUAAAACGAUAACGUGAAAUAAAACUUAACCAGAGAGUUAGGAAAUUGCUAAUUUAAAUCACCUGGCUCGAAUAUCUAGUAGUAAUAGAUAAUAACUACUAGGGGAUACUAUUGGUACUGCCCUGGAUCACAGUGAUGAACGGGCUUUCUUGUGAAUUAUUAGCUAAAAAAUACUCUUAUGAAAGUCCAACUUUGAUAUAUCCUCUAAAGGGAGAAAUACGCCAUCAUUCCAAAAUUAUAGUACAUUAUGAUAAAUGUGUUCAAGGUUGGACAUCAUACACGAGGUGACAUUGUGCGCGCGAGCAAAGCGAGCGAGCAAUGCACGCGUGUUUCAUACGACGUUUUUCACACACUU